UGACUAGUUCUACAAUCUACUUGCUACUAGCGUUGCUUCAUAUAGUCUCCGUAAUGUGUCAAGUACUUUCCGAUGAGCCAAAGUUUCUCGAGCCUAUACCUAACGUGACAGUACCAGUGGGAAGAGAUGCGUCACUUCCUUGUGUUGUGGAAAACCUCGGAACGUACAAGGUUGCCUGGAUCCACAUCGAUCGUCAGAUGAUCCUCACCAUCCACAGACACGUCAUAUCCAGGGUACCCAGGUUCAGUGUAUCUCAUGACAGUCAGAAGACUUGGCUGUUACAUGUGACGGGGGUUCAGCAAGAAGACAGAGGCUUCUACAUGUGUCAAGUCAACACAAACCCGAUGAUCAGCCAAGUAGGCUACCUUCAGGUGGUAGUGCCUCCCAACAUCAUAGAUGAGGACAGUUCAACGUCAGCUGUAGCUGUGAGGGAGAACCAGAAUAUCAGUUUGGUCUGCAAAGCAGAAGGUUUCCCCACCCCGAAGAUAAUGUGGAAAAGAGAAGAUGGAAAUCCCAUCACACUUGAUAGAAAGAAGAAAGGAGUUGUAACAGUGACUGUGUACGACGGAGAGCAACUCAACCUAACUAGAAUCACAAGGAACGAGAUGGGAGCCUAUCUGUGUAUAGCAACUAACGGCGUGCCACCAUCCGUCAGCAAGAGAAUCAUAGUGGAUGUCGAAUUCUCGCCGAUGGUGUGGGUACCAAAUCAGCUGGUAGGAGCUCCAGCUGAUACAAACGUCACUAUUGACUGCUACACAGAAGCCUACCCUCGAGCCAUCAGCUACUGGGUCUACCAAAACGUCAUGCUUCUCCCAACGUCCAAGUAUACCACUGAGACGUCAGAGAAUAGCUACAGGUCGACGAUGAAACUGACCGUGCACAACCUUCAGCCGAGAGACUACGGCAACUAUAGAUGCAUCUCAAAAAACUCCCUGGGGGAGACAGAGGGUUCCAUACGACUAUACGAGAUCCCGAGGCCCUCAUCUCCACCAAAAGCCACAAAAGUCGUCAGCGGAGCGACGAAAGAAGAUAUGCACAGAACUGUUGGAUGGACGGACUCACCCCUGGUAUUUAUAGCUUUGCUCACGCUGUUCUUCGGAUCCUUCUAUUGAAUAUCAUCAAGCAGUUUAUCACUUCGAAGUCAUUUGUUUAGUGAAUUUUUAUAACUUGUAUAUAAUGUAGUUUUAAAAUACAACUAUCAAUGUUCCUAAAUUUUAUAAAAUUAUGUUUGAAAACUUAACGCAUACACGAGGACCAAAAUUGCACGUUUUAUGACUUUGAUUUUUAUAUAGCUCAAAACUAUCCUUUCUUAUGGCUAAUAA